AUGGCCAAGAACUUGUCAUCCUCAUCAUGGUCACCAUCAUUGCACGGUUCAGACACGUUGGAGGAGUUGCAGCACAUGCCAUUGGCACCUCCCAUGUGGAAGAACAAGAAGCGCUUAUCAAAACAGCUAUCCAUGUGCGAGACUCGACGGGACAGAGCCUGGGAGAAGAGGCGUCGCCAGAUUCUUAGGCAAGAAAGAAGAAAGAACAAUAUUAUUGACUCCGAUGACUUGACCGAUGAAGACUUGAACGAGCUUAAAGGGUGUAUAGAACUUGGGUUUGGGUUCAAUGAAGAAGAAGGGCACCAACUGUGCAACACCUUACCAGCUCUUGAUCUUUAUUUUGCAGUAAACCGACAGCUUUCACCUAGUCCAUCAUCGACACCGCAAAGCGGAGGUUCCAUGUCCAGGUCCUCAUCAUCGCUAGGUCGGCGAUCGUCAUCGUUUGGCAGCUCACCCAAUGAAUCAGAUUGGAAAAUAUGCAGCCCAGGUGAUGAUCCUCAACAGGUGAAGACCAAGUUAAGGCAUUGGGCCCAAGCCGUAGCAUGUUCAGUGAUGCAGUCUUAUUGAUCCAAGUGUGGGACUGGUAUGGCUUUUGUAGAGAAGAGCGAGACUUGAGAGGCAACCACAGGUUGGCUUGAAUUUGCUCCAGCAAAUUUUCUCUCUAGAUUUAGAUUUCUACUGCUACUAGGCCAACAAAAGGAGGAUAUUUUUAUUGUUUUUUUUCAAGUUGGAGCGGCGCCGUUUUGGUGGUCCAUUUCUAUGGCCGAGGACAAUCGAGUAGCUUCUUGGCUUUCAAUGAUCACUUUGGUUUAGAGAGAUAAUAUCAUGCAUCAUCAUCUCUUCUUCUUCUUCUUC